AUGGACAAAAAAAAAAUAUAUCCGAUUGCUUUAAUUACACCACCUGAAAAAAACAAGAAUAUAAAAACAUCACUUAAAGAUUAUAUACCUAUAAUCAUGAAUAUUCUUGGAGGUCAUGAAUUAAUUUUAUUAGAAAUACAAGGAACCAUUGAACGAGAUGAUACUGACAAUACCGAUAGACAUAUUGUUCCAAAAGCAAUAAUUAUCUUAUAUGCUAUUAACAUGAAAGAGCAGAAAGAAUGUAUUUAUUUAAAAAUUGGAUAUCAUUAUCUUGAAGGAAAAAUUGAAACUCUUUUACAACCUUUUGCAGUCCUACGUCGUAGAAGUAAAAAAAAUAUCCAAUCUAAUGACAAUGAAUCUUAUCAUGAUGAAAUAAUUGAUGUAUUAGAAAUAAUUCGAAAAAGAGUAGUAUUCAAUCUUCUACCUCAACCUAUUAUAUAA